CAGAAGAAGAAGAAGAAGAGAGAAGGAGAAAGAACUUGCAGAGAAAGCCAAAGAAGAGAAACAAAGAGAUUCAGGAGAAGUAAUAAUGGCUUCACAGACAAAUCAAACCGUGGAGACGAAGCAAAUCGAAACAGAGAACCCACCGAAGCCUCAAGAGCCAUUAUCAUCAUGCAGGAAGAGGGUGAAGGAUGAGAGUGCCACUUUCUUUGAGAACCUCAAGGAUCACAUGGAUGAGUUCAUCCAUGCCUCUAUGGAUGAACACAAGACUUGUUUCAAUGAGACCAUGAACAAGAUAUUCGGGACGACCUUUUCGAAGACGGAUGAGAAGCAAGCUGAGGCUAAGGAAGUCGUCGAGAUUCACGCUCCUCUUCAGGGCAGCUCUAACUAAGUAGAGAGAGAGAGAUUCACAUGGCUAGUGAGCUCAGAUGAAGAUUAUGAAGUGUUUUUUAUUUUUUUUUUGCUGUUUUAACUUUUCUGUGGGUGUUGAUAUAAUACUCUUAGAACCCGCUUCUAUCUUUUAAUCCUUUCUAAAUCAUAUAACUUGUUUCUAGACCAUUAAUUGAAUUGCAUUAAUCA